CCCCUUUCGGUGUUACUCUACUAAAUGUGGCUUCAGGAGUCCAUUAGAAAUGGGACUGUUUAUGUCUUCGUGAUGGAUCUGCAAAUGAACAUAUCCGAUAGAAGCCGAGCGUAGCUGCAUAACAGCGGUGUGUUGUGAUGGGUUCGGCCUCCAUCUGAUGCUCGUUUAACGGUGUGAUCAGUGGUGAGGUGUUGAGAAGAAGAAGAAGAAGAUGAGGACAGAGAGGUGCUCAAUAAGUGAAGGAAUCCAAGUGGAUUGCUCAGCAAAGGAACCAAUGGAGGGUGAAAGUUCCGCAACUCCGUGCACCGGCCCUAAACUGGUGGCACACCCACGGGCUAAGAGCAAAGUGUGGAAGUACUUUGGCUUCGACACGGAUGCUAACGGCUUCAUCUUGCGCUGGAAGCGGAUCUACUGUCGCGUGUGUAUGAGUCAAAUCGCCUACUCCGGAAACACCUCCAAUCUGUCGUACCACCUAGAAAAGAACCACCCUCUGGAGUUCAAUGAAUUUGUAAAGAGCAACACGGAUCAGAUGCGCGAGGCGUUUGCCACGGCAAUCCCCAGGAUAAAGAAGGAGCCUUCGGGUCUACAUUCUAAGCCGCCAUCCCAGGACCCCAACUCGAGACAGGGCUCAGAGAGUGACAACAGACGACACAGUGAUCUCACAGUAGCUGUCAUCACCUUCAUCUGUGAGGGGCUGUACCCCGUGUCUCUGGUUGAAGAGCCUACUUUCAGGAGCUUGAUGAGUACCGUCGAUCCUGGGUACUCUCUACCCAGCCAGAGGGAGGUGGCGGUUAAAAUGCUUCCUCAAAUGUACUGUCGUACCCGGGACAUGGUCUUCAGUGAGCUGGUUGGGGUUGUGAACUGUGGCGUUUCCACCGACCUUUGGCAUUGCCAAACUCAAAACAGGACAUACAUCUCCCUCUCUAUGCAUUCAGUGAACUAUGAUUGCACCAUUGGCUUCUCAAUGAUCAACCGGUGUCUAAAAACCUUUGAAGUACAGGGGGACAACACGGCCAAGAACAUCACCAGGGCCAUGCACGAGGCCUUUGUAGAAUGGGGGAUAACUCACAAAGUCACCGGCGCCACAACAAAUGGUUCAGUAGACGUGGUCAAAGCGUGCUCGCUCCUGGAGCUGUCUGUGGAGAUGCCGUGCCUCGGACAUGCCAUCAAUCGUGCCGUUGACGAAGCCUUCCAGCUGCCGCAAGUUGACAGCUUUUUUGCAUGUUGCCGAAAACUUGUGGACCACUUCAAAGAGCCGACGCUGUAUCUGCUGAAGGAGAAACAGAAGCAGCAUGGCCUCACACAGUGUGCACUCAUUACAGACAGGACACGGUCUUGGUUGGCCACACUGGCAAUGUUAGAAAGGCUGAAAGAGCAACAAAUUGCUAUUACUGCAACACUUCGAGAGAGUUCCAGUAGUCAUAAUUUCACCUUUGAUGGCCCUCAGUGGUCUUUGUUGGAUGGCCUGAUCAAAGUUCUUCAGCCUUUUAAAGUUGUUACAAACAUGAUCACUCAUUGUAGUUACCCAACAAUCAGCAUGGUUCGGCCCCUGCUUCACAUGCUGCUGGACACCACCCUCAAGGUCAAGGAAGGGGACCUCAAAGACAUCAGUAAGACCAAGGAGGUCAUCUCUAAGGUCCUGUCAACCACCUACUCUCGGAACACACAGCUGUCGCAGGAAAUCUCCACAUUCCUCAACAUUGCUACCUUUCUGGACCCUCGGUACAAGAAGUUGCCCUUCCUGUCACUUCAUGAACACUCUAAAGUUGAGAGUAAUAUCAUUGAGGAGUGCAAAGCGAUCCUUGAGAAGCAGAUUGCCGAGCAACCGUGCCUAGAUGAUUACUCCUGGGUAUGUGACGAACCACCGAACAAAAAGCCGGCGCCUCUGAGAAAACACACCGGGAGUUCAAUCCAAGACAACCCUUUGGCAGCUAUAUUUUGUCAAUCUGACACAGAACAGAACCAGGAAGAGCUGCAUGCUCAGGUGUUAGAGGAGCUGGGCAACUACAAAUGCCAAAGAGUCCUAGGUCUGAAUGAAGAUCCUUUACUGUGGUGGUCGACUCAUGCGCCCUUGUUCCCCACCCUCUCUAAGGUGCUGCAGAAGUACUGGUGUGUUCCUGCUACCAGUGUACCUUGUCACAGGAUGUUCAACUCCUCUGGGACUGCUCUGUUUGUCCUACCCAGGCAGAAUGGAAGGGUUGCCGUAGUGACAGGGGGCACCAGAGGAAUGGGUUAUGAGACGGCAAGACACCUGGCCAGCCUUGGCAUGCAUGUGGUCAUAGCUGGAAACGAGAGGGAAGAGGGAGCAGCAGCCGUGAGGACAUUUCAGGAGGAAGGCGUUGAGGGAAAAGUGGAGUUUGUCUUCUUGGACCUGACCUCGCUGAAGUCUGUGCGGCAGUUUGCUCAGGCCUUCGCCGACCGCGGCCUCCCGCUCCACGUUCUGGUUAACAACGCUGGCACCAUGAUGGUCCCCGAGAGACAGACCGAGGACGGCUUUGAGUUCCACUUCACGCUCAACUACCUCGGCCACUUUCUGCUGACCAACCUGCUGCUAGACACGCUGAAGAGGUCGGGGCGGCCGGGCCGCUGCUCCAGAAUCAUUAACAUGUCCUCAGCAACUCACUUUGCCGGCGUGGUGGACAUGGAGGACUUGAACAAAAGGAUCUGCUACAGCUCCCACGCCGCUUACUCCCAGAGCAAACUGGCCCUGGUCCUCUUCACAUACUACCUGCAGGAGCAGCUGGCGGCCGGCGGUUUCCCGGUGACGGUGAACGCCGUGGACCCCGGCAUGGUGGACACGGCGCUGUACGACAACCUGUGGAGCCUGGCGCAGGCCAUGAAGAAGCCUGUGGCCAAGACACUGUUCAGGACUCCAGCAGAGGGAGCCUCCAUAUCCAUCUAUGCUGCAGCCUCCUCUGAGUUGGAGGGGGUGGGGGCCUGUUACCUGUACAACAGCCACAGGAUUCAGUCUUCCGACAGCUCCUACGACUCGGAGCUCCAGGCCGAGCUGUGGAAGAAGAGCUGUGAACUGGUGGGCAUCAGGGAUAGUUGUACAUCCUACCAGUCCACUGCCUGAGCUUCUACAGAGCCCCCACGCUUCAAUCGUCGAGCUGUAAAGCUACAGCUUGCAUAACACAAAGCCUUUAUGGAAUUUAAGAGGCAAAAGCCAAAUAAAGAAAAAACCUGCCUUGACAUCGUCCCAUGUGCACUAAAGAUGCGCAAAUACUCCAAUAAGAAUCCUUAUAGGAUCCAAGGAUCAGCUACUAACACUUACCUACAGUAUGUUGAGUAAAAGUAGGCUCUGUGCUAACGGCUAAUGCUGUUGCAUGGUAUUCACCAGGUUGAGCAAUAGAGGCCAACAAAAGGCAUCUUAAAUUAAUAAAUGAAAAUAUAGGACUUGCACCAAGGAGACUGCUCUUGUAGGUAACCAAAACAUUCCUGGAAUUUAGCGUAGCAAAUUUAUCUUAAUCCAGAAUAUGAAUUUUUUGUAUCCUAGUAGUUUUGUAACUAAAAUAAAUGUAUAUAUAUCUCUCUCUGUAUAUAUAUAUACAUACAUACACACAGUAUAUAUAUACACAUAUGAUUCUCUUGAAACCAGAAUACCGUUUGUAUGUAAUGCUGUAUGUGACAGGGUAACUUAAAGGUUCCUUAGUGUAAUAAAACCAACAGAAAGGUGAUGCUCUGUGUUCAUGGAUGGAGAUGGCAUCGUUCUCUCCAUGUGCCACAUCCCAAUACAAACAGCAGGGUUGUUGCCAUUGUGACGGCCUGCUUACCUUUAAAGCAUGUGACACCCUCCGUCCUUAGACCCUCGUUCAUGUGAGGAAGGAACCUCAGUGAAGAGCAACACGUGUUGACUAUAGAACAGCUUUAUCCUCUAGCAGAAGGCACCAGAUAAUAGGCGGGUAAACACACGUUUUCAUCUCAGUGUGGUGAUCUAUGAAAAGUAAUUGAAUGACAUGUUACAGGACUGUUGCAGGUGCAGACCCCACAAUGAGAUGAAGCCUUUUUAAAGUCAGACUUUAUGCAUGAAGGGUUGUUCAUACUUGGUCCUGUAAAACGAUCUGAAUAUGUCUAAUGUUGACUGCUGUGAUAUGAUGGCAUCGCCUGGUUCUAUCUAACACAGAGCCCGAGUUGGCUUUGGUACGUCAGGUCAGGUGGUCUUCCUAUCGGAGACCAAUAAAGAUGAUGUCAUCACCAAGUAGCCCUGUGAGUUCUCCUGAAGAAGCUGCUGGUGGAGUUUCGCCGUGUCAGUAUGAGCACAUGAGAUUCCUAGGUGCUUUAGCAACGGCUACUUAAGCCUACAGAUGAUUUGUGUUUGUCGCUGUCUCCUUUUAUCUUUCCAUAUGUGUGAUUUAAUGUGAAAAUGUCUGUAAAUUGUAUGGAAUCAGUAACCAAUCACAACAUGGAAUGUGGGAUUGACUUCAGUUAAAGUGAAGUGAUACAGUUAAAGUAUGAAAAAAUAGCUUUCAUACAUCACAUUUUUCUUGUCUUUUUGCCAAAAAGAAGUAAACAUUAAAUGGAACAUCGCUGUCAAAUAAAAGCAGCACUACAUCGGCUCUAGAGCUUGAAGGAAGGACGGUAAA